GGAGCGCAGGAGCACCGAGCGCAGCGUGGCCGCGGCGGCGGCGGCGGCGCCUGGAGCACUCGGGCUGAGGGACGGAGCCCCGAGCCUGGAGGCGGCGGCGGGGACGUCGUCCGGAGCCUGAGUUCUACCUAGCUGCAGGGCAGAAACCACUCUCCUGGGACCUUUCAGAAGCAAGAGCCACCAACGCUGUGACCUAUGCCAGUGCCACCUCCGCCACCUCCUCCUCCUCUGCCUCCACCUCCCCCGCCCCUGGGGGCUCCUCCCCCUCCCCCACCGCCAGCGCCCCCGGUAGGUACAGACACUUCCAACUUGAGGAAGGCAGACCCCAAAGGUCGGAGUGCCCUAUUGGCUGAUAUCCAGCAAGGAACUCGCCUACGGAAAGUCACACAGAUCAAUGACCGCAGUGCCCCACAGAUUGAGAGCUCUAAAGGAACCAACAAAGAAGGAGGAGGGUCUGCAAACUCUCGAGGCGGAAGCACACCCCCAAGCCUGGGAGAUCUGUUUGCUGGUGGCUUUCCUGUGCUGAGACCAGCCGGCCAGAGGGAUGUGGCAGGUGGCAAGAUAGGGCAGGCCCCUGGCUCCCGAGCACCUUCUCCCCGGCUGCCCACAAAAGCUCUUGGUGGCCCACUUAACCCCCCUGCAUCUCCCAGGCUAGGCAAUGCCUCAGAGGCUCAUGGCACCUCCAGGACAGUCCCUCCUCGUCCCAGCAUGCCUGCCCCACCGCCUCCCACCCUACCCCCGCCUCCUCCACCCCUACCCCCACCCCUGCCCCCUUCCUCCCCCACCAAAGCUCCACUGGUAUCCCCACCUGGCCCGCCCACCAAAGGGAACACCCCAGGGGUUGCUCCCCCUCUCCCCUCUGCACCUCCCCCUCCUCCUCCGCCCCCACCUCCACCCCUCCCUCCUACCCCACCCCCACCCUCCCUGACCUCUGUUCUCAGUGACAAGGCCUUGAAGCCUCAGCUAGCCCCCUUGCACCUGCCGCCCAUCCCACCCCCACUCCCUCUCCUCCCCCCUUGUGGGUAUCCGGGGCUCAGUGCAGAUGCUGCCAGCCCCACCCAAGAUGUUCGGGAGCCUCCUGCCCCACCGCCCCCGCCACCCCCACCCCCUCUUUAUGCCUCCUGUACCCCGAGGUCGUCUGUGCCUGCUCCUCCUUUGCCAGAAGCUAACAACAACAGUGAGGCUCCACUCCUCCCACCCCCCAAGUCCCCCAGCUUCCAGGCCCAGCCACCCAAGUCCAGUACACAGGCCUUGCCGACACCACCAGCCCCUCCAGGAUCGCAGCCAUUCCUGCAGAAGAAGAGGCCCGGCCGAGGCCCAGGGACCAGUGGGGGGAAGCUAAAUCCACCCCCAGCACCCCCUGCGAGAUCACCCACCACAGAGCUUUCAAGCAGAAGCCAGCAGGCCCCAGCCUGGACCCCAGCACAGCAGCCGGGAGGUCAGCUGCGCAACGGAAGCCUGCAUAUCCUUGAUGACUUUGAAUCUAAAUUCACGUUCCAUACCAUGGAAGACUUUCCUCCUCCAGAUGAAUAUAAACCAUGCCAGAAGAUUUACCCCAGCAAGAUCCCCAGAAGCCGCACGCCUGGUCCCUGGCUGCACACGGAGGCCACAGGGCAGAGCUCGGAUGACAUCAAAGGCAGAAAUUCUCAGUUAUCACUAAAGACACUCCGGUGAGAAGACAAAGGAAGCCAAUGUCCUGUGAGCCGCCUGGGGGUCCACAUCGCCAGAUGGGCUUCCCCAGGAGAACGUGUCUGGCCUCGCCAUACUUAAGUUGCAAUUCAUUUAACAUGCAAGCUCUGAGUGGAGCAUUUAUUUAUUGUAAAUACGUGGUUUGCACAGGCUUUAAAUCAGUAUGACAGCUCUUAUUUGCAUAAUUUAAAAAAACACACCCGUAUUAUGUUUCUCCAUUUUCCAAGGAUGCAUCUUGGCAUUCAUCCAUCAUACCGAUAGCGCCCUGUCCCCGCCCCAUGGUGUCCAUUCCGUGACUGUAAAUAAUGUGUGUGGGCUGACCCUUCCUAGAUUCUGAACCAUUUUUAGAAGAUUCCCUUGUUUGCAAGUAGUCCCAAAGUCAUAGUCCCCACAGCGGCUUCUUAUCGGCAUGAUUCUAUAUUCUCCUCACACACACACUGCAAAAUCAAACCCAGUAAUGCCUUAUAAACGUUGCAGCUCAGAGAGAGCAGUGUGUCCCCCCACCCAGAUAAGGCCACACAGCCUCCGGUGAACGAGAUGCCAUGUCUCGCUUCCGUUUUGCAGUACAGGGAUUUUUUUUUUCUGCCUCAUGUAAAUAUGACCCAAAAGAAAGGCAAGAAUGGGCUGGGCCCCUCCGAUGCCAAGCACAGUGCCCUUUUGUAACAGAAAGCUCCUACAAGUAGCCAACGCCCUUCCUGUUUACAGUGCCCCCGGUGCCCACGUGCCCCUGGCUUUCCUCAUGUCCCGCCUAAGUUCCCAACUCCUUCCUGGCUUCCAGGGUAAGGCGAGAUUCAUGAGAUUUAGGGUUUUUUUUUUCUGCAAGUUAGAAACCUAUGUAACUCAUUAUAGUCAAUUACAUAUUCUAUCUCAGAGAUGGUUGUUGUUUUUUUUCUCCCCAAGAAUGGGAUUUUCAUGGAAACUAGGACAUGAGGAAGUGUAGACAAAAGCCUCUUGGCCAAGUAUCUGCCUCACUGACCUGGUGCCUCACUCCUGUGCUUAGGAAGCCUGGCAGCCCCCACUAGGCAAACGCAGCUCCCUUCCGAACUAAAGAGGGCCUGAUGGGUCUGAGAGCUCCCCCUGCCCUGUGGGGGGGCGCACUUCUCUGUCGGGGAGAAGUGCUCAAAGCCGGCCACCCCUGAAUAUGGAACUGGUCGGGAAGGGCUCUGGCUGCUGUUCUCACACCCUUUUUCUGGAGCUGGCAAGGAAAUGGAAGUGUGUGUUUGCUUGCACCUGACCCCAGAUGCUCCCCAUCCUUGGAGGGGAAGCUGUAAGAGGGGAAGGAGAGAAAAUAGAAGGAAACAGACUGACCCCAGGUCUGUGCUCAAAAUAGGUGCAGAUUAAAGGAAAAGGGGGGCGGGUGCGGAAAGAGCAGUGGAAAAACAAGUGUCCUUUGGAACAACCCACUCAUGUGCUCAGACCUGAAGGACACCGUGCCCAGACCAAGCCAUCCAGAACAGGUAGCCGGUUAGCAGGGUUUGGGCAAACGUGACUGCGUACACUUAGCUGUUGUCUAAAGAAUAAGAUGGCAUCCUUCAUUGUUGUGCUUUCUCAUUCCAGAGAGGAGCAGCUGAGCAAGGUCAAGUGCCCUUCUCUGGGGAAUCAGUCAUGCCAAAUUGUCACUGCUAACUCAAUUGGAAAAGAAGCUUUUGCAGGUCAGCAGCUCUGGGCCUAGCUGAUUGGUUUUAUUGGUUCUGGAAGGUUUCCAAAAGGUCGGGAUUUCUUUAUUAUAACGGGAUCCACUCCAUCUCCCUCCCAGCUGUAGGAAAAUAAUUACAAGGGUUUUAAUUAUCAUGAUGAAGAAGGCCCAAGACAAAGGCAAGUCCACCUUCCGAGGAGACUGGCUGCCCCGUGAGAUGUUUAUGCAUUCACGUUCCACACCCCUGGGAUAGAAGUUAAAAACAAAACCUAUCAAGGACAGAGGGAAGGGAGGAGCAGAAACCAGAAAUUGCAGCUUUCGGGAGAAAUCUCAGGAAUCUGGCCUCCCAUCUCUCCUCGAGACCUGUCACUGAAUUCAGUGCGUGCGGUGCCUGCUGCUGGCAGGACAGACCUCAAGCCCCUUGACCAUAAACUCACGCAGAGCCAACGAGUUCCAGAGCUCUUGCCACACUCCAGUGUUCUCACUGACCCCGUCGUCUGUGGCUCCCCCAUGUUUCAUAUGUAUUUUAUAUUUAUUGAUGUGCCCUCUGCAGACUCCUUUCUUUGUAUCUAAUAAACUUUAAUAAGUGGAAA